AUUGGGAUUGGUGGUUUUUGGCAAUAAUGUGUUUAGGACUACAUUGCUUGAGGUAGAAGUUGCCCCAACCACAGAUCUAAGGUCAGGUUAUCCUACCCCACAUCCACUUAACCUUUAGGGGGAUGAACAAAUAUCUGACCCUGUGUCAGUGGUUAGGUUUGACUUCUACCCACUCAUAACUACAUCACUGAAUAGUCUAUGCCUAAAAUAUGGACUAGCGCUGUGGUUGUCAACCUGGGGUAUGUAUACCACUGGGGGGACUUGGCCUUUCUCCAGGAGGAUUCAGAAGACACCUCCACAAGGACUGUCCUGGCUGAGACGCUAUGAUAGAAUACACCCUGUGAUGUCACAGAGGAACCUCUCUAGUGGGUGGAGUCCAUAUCUCAAAAAUAAACAACUAACACCUGACACCAUUGGACAAUGGAGACAGGAGAGAAAGUGGAGAAAGCAGCUGCGAAGGAGGCCAAGACGGACCUCAAGGAUGUGCCAUCGGCGGUUUUACAUUUCCAGCAGGCAGCGGAGAUGUUAUUUUCGGCCCCGGUGCAGGCUGCUCCAUGCCGGGGCAAGCUGGGCUUUAAGUGGGCGGUGCACAGCGUCAUCCUGAUGACUCGCUUCUGCCGCUACUUCAUGUCCCGUUCCAACUAUCGCCAAUUCAUGGAGUUCAACUUCUGUGAGACCAUCAUCAACCAGCCGGCCGGGGGAACGGGUACAAAUCUGGUGUUUGACCUGAACCACUUCAAAGUGAAAGAGGACCGGAUCCCUGUCCUGCUGGUGGAGAUUAUGCGGAAGUGCCCAGAGGAGCGUUCUGAGUCGGAGGUGUUGCUGGUUCACAACAUGCUGAGCUCUGUGAGCAUGUUCCGUCGCUACAGUGGAACCUUGCAACUCCUUCUGGCCAGGGUGGUUCGCUAUCAGAGGUUGGAGCGUCGCAGAGUGGUCAUUAAGAAGGGCCAUUGGGGACACAGCUUCUACUUUGUGUUCUCUGGGCUACUGGCCGUCACCAAGGACAACGACGGUAGCAGUGCCUUCGUGGAUAAGGAGCCCAUCCUCAUCAAGAAGGGCAUGAACUUCGGGGAUGUGGCCUUGAUCAAAACACUGAGGAGGAAUGCCACUGUGGUGUGUAUGGAGGAGACGGAGCUCAUGGUGGUCGACAAGGAAGACUUCUUCGCUAACAAGAUGGACGUAGAGCUCAAGAAGGAGUUUGACUAUCGCUUCAGGUUCUUCCGGUCACUCCAGCUAGUGUCCUCCUGGUCAUACUCUCUCAUUGAACAGAUGGCUGACCAUUCCAAGGCCGAGCAAUUUCGCUACGGCCACGUGGUCGUCAAGGACACCAACGACAUGGGCAACAUUAUUUUCAUUGGCAAGGGCCAAUGUGACGUGUUGAGAGUGGUGGACCUUACCUCCUGCAGUGCCUACCAACGCCUCCUAAAACAGUAUGCAGACUCAGUAAGCAGAGGUACAUGUUUGCCAACAAAUGGAUUCAAAGGCGAGCUGACCAUCCAACCAGGAAGUGUCAUAAAACACAAAGUCCUCCUCAAUAAUCCUCCACGUCCUCCCAGAGGACUUCCUGCAGACCUGCCCACCAGGGCCUGUUUCCUGAUCGACACCCUUCAUCAGAGCAGCACAUUUGGUCUGAACCAGUACCUGAUGCCGUCGAAGCAGAGAGACUGUCGCAGGUUCACUCUGGUUAGCCAGAGCGUGGAGAUCCUGCGGGUGGAGAAGACUCGCUUUGACAAGCUGGUGGACAACACCACCAUGAAGAAGCUGGAGGCCCUGCAGAAAACCUACCCAAGCGACGACGAGCUGUGCACUGUGUUCCUGGAACACAGCCGCUGGAAGGACUACAAACACAGUGUGGUACAGGACCUGUUCCCCCACCGGGUCGCCCCAAUCAGAAACCCCAAAACCCAGAAGCAGCAGGGCCACUGUGGCCCCAGCCAGGCCCUUCAGCAGACCAGACACGUGGUCAACAGGCUGAAACAGACAAAGCAGAGGGUAGAGCCCAAAAAAUAUUAAAUAAAGGAAUAACUGUGUAGAUGAAUGAAAACAUAGACAUGGUUUUAUCAAUAUGUUUCAAGUUUGAGCGUUUGCUGCAUUUUUCAUUAUUUUCAUCCUUAUGGCUCAUGCCUACCUUGUAACUAAAAACUAUUUCACUGCAUUUAGUUAACAUCAGGCAGAAAUCAAAUUAUCUGCACACCAUAAUACCUUUUCUCAAGAAGAAAGGUUUUGAAGUAUAAUUUCUCAUGAGCGGGUCAUGAGAAAACAUACUUUAAACUCUUCUGCCCCUGCCUCUGCUCUCUGGGAGUAGAAAGCUGGAGGAACUCGGUUGUCACUAGUUAACACAGUCACGAAGU